AUCUCAAAAGAAAACAUUUUACAUUUACAGAAAGCGGUGCUUUCAGCGGAAAGGUAACAUGUCUUCGCUUCUUCAUGUAGUAGGAAGAAGCAUGUCAGCAGCGAGGGUGUGGCGUCCGGUGUGCCCCAUCUUGCAGCGCCUCAGUCAACAACGAGCCACACCUCAUCUCAGUCCUUUUUCCUCAGCUAUGCCAAUGCAGAGCUCCCACCGCCAGCCCCACAUGAAUGAAGUGCAGGAGGUGAAGUGGCUUCACCCAGGCGAUGGCAGGGUAGAGGACAUGAUAGCCAUGAACAAACAUGGAAUUUGGCGCCAUUGCGGAUAUUUUACCAUGCACUUGGAACAACCAUUUGAGCCACAGCAGUAUCUUCAAGCUGUAACUCAUCUGCAUAAUAAGGUUCAGCUGUUGAGGACCUGUUUCCGCCCCCGUGACAAAGAGUGGUGGCUGUGUGAGAUGCCAAUACCUUCCAUUGACUUCCAGGUUGUUGAAGGGUCAGAUCCACUUAAGGAAACACAGUCACUGAUAAACAUACCUACAAAUUUGACCGAUGGACCUCUGUGGCGAGUUCGACUUUUAUCAUCUACCCCUGAAGCCCUUCCUCCUCGGCCAGAGAUAAACAAAAAAUUCCCUUUUCGGAACACAGUGAUAUUUGAGUGCCAACAUGCAGCAAUUGAUGGUGCUGAUAUCAUGAUGAUUAUUGGUUGGUUCCAUAAAAUCAUUGAUGACAUGCUCAGCGGAAAGCCCAUUGAUGAUUCGCAAUUGGGUCAACUUGCAGACCACAGUCACACAUCAGAAAUAACCCAACAAAUAAAAUCGGCUCUUGAAAAUGAUCCUGAACGGUUGAGCUCAUUACUUAAACUUAAAAAACAAGAGCCGGCCACUUCUGUCCUCAUUGAAGCUUUCGGAGCCCCAGAACCAUCUCAGGCAGAGACAAAAUACUUGGAAAAUGUUUUUCUGAAUAUCUCAGACGUUGAUAAGUUUCAUGCCAAGUGUCAGUCUGAAAAUAUAUCGUUCAAUGCUGGAUUUACAAGUAUAAUUAACACGGCUCUAGUUGAGGUAGUAAGGGAGGCCGGCUUGACACGAGACGCCUACAAUAUUAGGAGUCGUGUUCCCAUUGAUAUGCGUCGUUACAUGAAAGGUUACUCCAAGACCUGCUUUUUAGGUUUCCAUGGUGCUCCAAUGUAUCAGAGCAUUUCAACACCUUACAAUGUUAAAGAUCAUUUCUGGAUGUAUGCAAAGCAGUAUCAUAUUCAGUUUCAGAAUAACUUGAAGAAAAAAUCAUUUAUUGAAGAUAUGAUCAUUGAGAGAAUGCUUCGGCCAGCUGAUUUUUCUCCUGAGAAAUUCUUUGCAAAUCCACAACCUAUUACGAGAGACUAUUUGUUUACAAAUAUGGUUACACAUCUUUUCAGAAUAUACGGAGUAGGUAAACAUGUUCAGCUAACAGAUCUUAAAAGUUAUGUAAAUAUUCAUGCUCUUAACGUUACAUUCAUCUGCGCCUUACUCAAAAUAUGUGAAGAGGUCCGGUUUGAUGUCUGGUACUCGUCACGGGGAUUAACAAGAAAUACAGCACAAAACAUUGUUGACAAAACUGUUUCAGUCUUCAGUGAAAUUUGUGAAAAUAUAUAAUGUUUAGAUGAUAGAUCAAGGAAUUCCUUCAUAUGUAAGAAAUCCUAGAUGUCAAGAGUGGGUCACUUUGGGGCUUAAAUAGCCAAAUUACAUUUCAAUAUUUACUGUAACAUUUCGACGUGUAUGUACUUAGUUAUGUGUAAUGUAAAAUUGGCUCCAGCAAGUCAAUGAUAGAUAGUAAGUGCUCUCAAAACUUAAAGCCUCAUUAUCCAACCUAUCCACCUGUUUUGGUGAGUACUAAUAGUAACGAUGAGAACAUUGUUAUAUAUGCUGAUGUACAACGAAAUUAGAGAGUAGAAAUCUGAACUAAUGAGUUGGACAAACCGGAAAAUUAUUUGUUACUUGUGUUGCUUUGACACACACCCUCAUGUGAUGACUAGUGUGCAUUUGGGGGUUCCAAGAAUUAUCCUCAUGGCUUCAUUUCUAAUUCUCUCUAAAGCUUUCAUCCUAUUGCUAGAGAGACUCAUAAGGUGCAGGGCAAUGUAGUCCAAUAGUGACAUGAUGGACAUCAUGUAGAACAUUCUGGCACUUUUUACAUUGAUAGAGGUGACUUGAUCAUUAAGUUUUCCUUAAAAUUCAUUUCAAUUUUAAUUUUGAUGACCAAAUACUCAAAAUAUCAUCACCCUAACUAAACCAAGGAAUAAUUCUGGGGGUAAUUUUACAAAUAAAUUUCUUUAAAACAUUUCUUAUACAGAUUUGAAAGAAAUAGUUUUUCUUUCGAAUUAAUUUUUUCUUUCGAUUAAUUUAUCAUCAUUGAUUUGGAACAUUCUUUAAUUUGUUAAAAAUCAUCUAACUAAAGAUCAUCUAAAUCCAUCGAACUAGUCAAAUGCGAAUAAGAAAUAGUACCAAAGAGUGGGGACAAAAUUUUAGUGAGCCACUUAGAAAGCUCAAAGAUAAUGGGGCCCACAAAACUUAUAAUAGGCCUUGUGGUAUAAUUAGGCUUAUGAGUCUUGAUUAAAUGGAAUGAUAAUAACUAUUGUAUACAAUUUGUGUGGAUCCCUUCCCAUGCUGGUGGAAAACAUGACUUUGUAGAUCGAUUGGAUAAUGAGGCUUGCAGGAAAGAAAAUAUUGAU